AUGUCAGACGUAGAUGCCGCACAAAAGCGCGAGGAGGAUGAGCGUCUCGAUACCGCAGAGGACCCCAACGAGGAGGAAGAAAUAUCCGCCAUGCGUCGUCGCGUACAAGAAAUGGAAGACGAGGCUGCCAAACUACGCGAAAUGCAACAAUCUCUCGACAAUGAGCGCCACGAAAUGCGCGAGAGCAAAGAAGAUGUCGACGCGCGAAGCGUCUUCGUCGGAAACGUAGACUACGGCGCAAGCCCGGAGGAGAUCCAAGCGCACUUCCAAAGCAUCGGCAGCAUUAAUCGCGUUACGAUCUUGCUUGACAAGUUCACAGGUCAUCCUAAAGGCCAGUUCCGCGAUCGCAACCUCAAGGUCGUCCCCAAACGCACAAACCUCCCCGGCAUGACACGCGGUGGACGUGGCGGACGCGGCGGGCGCGGCGGCUACGGAGGCCGUGGUUCACCCUACGGUGGCCGCGGUGGCUACGGUCGCGGCGACUACUACGGUGCCCCGCGCGGCGGGGGUUAUCGCGGUGGCUAUCGUGGCAGGGGCGGUUCGCAGUAUAGGCCGUAUUAA